GAAGAAGAAGAGGCAGAUAGCGACGAGGUGUUUGGGAAGAAGAGCCGCCGGGCGUCUGCAGCGACUCCUCGCUCCAGGCGGAGAACUCGCUCCUCCUCCACCACGACGCCGCGGAAAACCCCCAACAAGAAGGUCACACCCGGCACGCCACGGACUCCUCAUGGCGCCACUCCCAGCAUCCCCAGCAGGUCGCUGCCGGCCCGACAGCCCGCCAACGUCCUGGAGGAGGCCCGAACCAGGUUGCACGUGUCCUCGGUGCCGGAGUCUCUUCCCUGCAGAGAGCAGGAGUUUCAGGACAUCUACAGCUUCGUGGAGAGCAAGAUCGUAGACGGCACGGGCGGGUGUAUGUACAUCUCCGGUGUUCCUGGGACCGGUAAGACGGCCACGGUCCACGAGGUGAUGCGCUGUCUGCAGCACGCGGCCGACGUGGACGAGAUCCCUCCUUUCCACUUCAUCGAGAUCAACGGGAUGAAGAUGACGGAUCCUCAUCAGGCCUACGUCCAGAUCCUGCAGAAGCUGACGGGUCAGAAGGCGCGGCCGACCACCGCGGCGGCGCUGCUGGAGAAGAGAUUCAGCAACGCCGCUCCAGGAAGGAGACCACGGUGCUGCUGGUGGACGAA